UGUAAAUAUAAUCAAAAUACCCGUUAUGGCAAGCGCUUCGUUUCAGCUGCCUUGCGCAUCGCAGAGCUUAGGUACAGUCAACAGUUUGGUGUCUACGUUGGUCCAGACACUGCUAACAGCACAAUGUGCUAUUUCAGCAGAACCGAAUUGGCCAAAGGACUAUGGUAAUACGGCUAUAAAAGAGGGGCUUGGAAAAUACGAUUUCAUUGUGGUAGGCGCCGGUUCAGCAGGUUCGGUGGUGGCUAGUCGUUUGAGUGAGAAUCCCAAGUGGAACGUGUUGGUGCUGGAAGCAGGCGACGACCCGCCACAAGAGUCAGAGAUACCUAGCUUGACUAGUACUGUGCAGCAAAGCCCUCACACCUUUAGUUACUAUUCCGAACCACUUCCGCAUAUUUGUCAGGGACUUACGCGCCGCCUCUGCUUUCAUCCACGCGGUAAGACUAUAGGUGGUUCAGGCGCAAUCAACGGAAUGAUGUACGUGGAAGGACAUCGCAAGGAUUUCGACGAUUGGCUGGCAGCAGGCAACACAAAGUGGGGCUGGUCGGAUGUCAAGCGCUAUUAUGAGAAAGCGGUGCGCCCAGUGGGUAAUGCCACACAUCCAAAAGGCUAUGUAGUGCUGAACGAGAAUUACUCAGACGAAAAAUUGGCAAUAGGCAACGUGAUCUUCAAUGCCACUGCAGAGUUGGGCUUACCACGGUUGGGAAAGCUGGAGAAUGGCAUAGAAAUAGGUACAAUGUAUUUGCCAGUUACGGCGAGAGUUGGUAGACGGAUGUCCACGGGCAAAGUGCAUUUGGCUAAAGUGUCCGGGCGUCCCAAUUUGCACGUGAUAAAAAAUGCACAUGUUCGCAAGAUACACUUCGAACGUGGCGGUAAGGUAGCCACCAAGGUAACGUUCGUGCUGCGUGGCGUGCAUGAGCUAAGCGCCGAAGUGCGCAAAGAGGUAGUGCUUUCAGCUGGUGCUAUAGAUUCACCGAAGCUUUUGCUUUUAUCCGGCUUGGGCCCGCGCAAGCAUCUCCAAGAUUUGCGCAUUCCGGUGGUGCGCGACUUGGCGGUUGGCGCGAAUUUGCGUGACCAUGUUAUCACUACGAUCUUUUUCAGAUUACCCAAUAACACCUUAGUUGAGCCCAGACAUCAUAGUUUGCGUCCAACAGAUGCCAUCUACGAUUAUCUAAUACAUAAUCGAGGGAAUAUGAGCGGCAUUCCCAGUGGUCUUACGUCUUUCCUAAAUACCAAAGGUGACAGCACGGUUCCAGACAUUGAGUUCCAUUAUAAUCUCUAUCGAAAUGAAAACAGGCAACUGUUCCAAGGCCACAUGGCCAGGCGGGAUGAGAAGAUAAUUGCGAGCAUAAGUCAACAUUUCAAGGACUCGCAUUUGAUAAACUUCAUGUUGAUACUCGCCAAACCGCGUUCCGUUGGCGAAUUGCGACUACGCAGUGUCAAUUAUCUAGAUACGCCACGCAUGUACUCCAAUUACCUUGAUGAUCCUGAAGAUAUAGCGACUAUGCUUCGCGGUAUCCGUUUUCUUGAAAGGCUGGAGCGCACAAAGAUCAUGCGCGCACUAAAUGCAACUCUGCUUCAUAUACCGUGUGACGAAUGCGACAGCUAUAAGUACCGUUCGGACGCCUAUUGGCACUGUUACAUCAAAUAUAUGGGCGAGGGAGGUUUUCACCACGUUGGCACGGUGAAAAUGGGACCAAAGCGCGAUCGUGACGCUUGUGUCAACCCACGCCUACUAUUGUAUGGCGUGCAGAAUUUACGUGUGGCGGAUGCCAGCAUUAUGCCGGAUGUGCCACGGGCCAAUACGAAUGCGCCAGCGAUUAUGAUCGGCGAACGUGCGGCAGUAUUUAUAAAGGAGGAUUGGAACGAGUGCUCGGAGCUAGUGGAGCCGAAGUGAGAAUAUCAAUAUAAAAAUAAAUUCCAAUAAAUAACUAA